AUGAACGGAGCUCAAAAUGCGCCGAAGCCGAGCACCAGGCGCUCCAUCGGAUCGCGUUUGAGGCUGUCACGAUCGGUCAACGCCAUGAGCGCACACUAUCAGAGCGCAUCCACCUUGGCUGCUUCUGGCUCGGUGGCCUUGAAUAACAGUCGACCACCUUUGCCAUCAAAACGACUGCCGAACGUCCCGUUUCGCGAAGUCCUGCCGCACUCGAUUACACGACACACGGACUCUGCUUCGACGAGUGGUAGCGAAUACAGCCUGUCAGCGAUUCAAAUCCCCCCGGCUUGCGAGACUCUGCCCACGACGAGUAACACUCGCGGCGGAAUAGUCCCACGCGAUGGUUCUCCAUGGGCUGGGUCCCCCCACCCCUACGCUCUGCCGACCUUGACACCCGAAGAGGCUUUCAAGGCCCAGGACCUGCUGGCUGGCCUUGCUGGGGUUGGCGCUCAUAACGCGCGUGCCGACUCGGGAGAUGGAACUACGCACGCACGUCUGGGCUCCUUUCGCACGGUCAAUGUUGACAGCUCGUCAGAGUCACACUCUUUUUCGGGUACUAGCAACACGUUCUCAGACGCGUCGAAUCCGCCAAGUCCGCUUCUCUUCGUGGACAUGGCCAGUGGCCAUCGCCCUCGUUCUCGGCAAGCAAGCAAUAGUCCUCUGAUCGCGGGGCCUAGGGAUGCGCACGCGAAGCCAGCUGAAUGCCAGGACUACGACGUGCGUGCAUCUGUUUUGCUCGAGGAGCACCUGGCCCUGCUCAAGCUUCAACAACAGACUUCACAUCCGAAAGGCCCUGCAAGACCUCCAACACGAGCUUCCAGGGAGAGAGAACGCACAUUCCGACCACUUGCGCCGCAUACUGAUACCGUGGCUAUGGAGCUAGGCGAGGAAACACCAAAGCUGGCACGCCGAAGGUCCAGAUCUGUCAACAAGAUAAUGGUGCAGGACGCCCGACGCGGGAGUCGACUCUUGCACGAGCUACACCAGACAGAUAGCAGCUCUUCGGAGCACGAACAUGCAGCUGUAGAGAGUCAUAAGCUGCUUGCGCCGGCGACCAGACCCAGAGCACGACGGAAUUCGGGAUCAGCACUGCUUCCAGAUGCUGAUCAGUCGGCCACGCUGAGGUGCGUGCGCUCUAAGGAAGCCGUCCGAGGUCUCAGAAGGAGAUCGCAUUCUGCCAAUCCUGCCACGAUCGUCCUAGAAGCGAGCCACAAGGGUCAAAAGAAAGAUGAUAACAUGGCAACUUUCAAACGUGAUGCAAAGCUAUCGCCCAUCGGACCCUCUCUUGCGCCUGCUGCGCGGACUCGAGCCAACUCUUACUGUCCACCUACAGCGUAUGCGGUACAUGCUUCUCCUCGUACGCCAGCUGCAACACGCGAGGACAGCAAUGCUCGUCAGUCGCUCGGGCUAGCUCCCUUUUCCGAGCUCCCAAGUCUGCGCAGUGAUUCGCCCUCUUUUAGUCAGAUGAAAGCAGAUAUUGGGACAGAAGCGACUGCAUCUCGAACAACUACCCGAAAUGAUGGGGCAGCUAUGCCCUCCCGUCCACCACGCUCUGCGCGGCGCGCAUCUGCUUUGCCGGCUGCGCAUUUGGUCAACAACGCACUUCUGGACGGACUGCAGGUCUUCGAGACGCAGCAAGACGAGGACGCGCAAGGAAGCCAUCCUGUCUCCGCCCUGCCUCAGCAACGAGAGAACUCGGCUACUUUGACGACACGCUGUGCGGAUCGUUUGCAAGCCAUGCCAUCCAGACCCGCUACGGACAAGAACCAAGACCAACUAGUAGGGAAGCGCCCAGCACCGGAUGCCACGGUUGUGCCAGAAUCAAAGC